AUGAAGAUAAUAGGAUAUGUUUUACUAUUAGCUAUAUUGCAGCAACUUUACCAAGCAAAAAAUAAAAAAGAGGUUAUCAACACUCUGACUAAAGAUUUUGGGCAGCAUCAUUUUGAGAUGAGUGUAACUCCAGAUGACUACAUAUAAUUCAAAGUCACUUUACCAUUUCAACAAUACUUUGCUAUUGGAUUUGGAAAGGAUAUGUAUGGCACUAACAUGAUCUCAUUUUAAUCUUACAAUUCUCGUUAAAAAGCUUAAUCAGAAAAUCUGUACUCAAGCUCUGAAACUAGGCCUGCUGCAUUGGGCGACAAUAUUCUAGAGAUGACAGAAGAAACUGUAGAUACGAAUAAAAAAAUUAUAACAGUGAAGAGACCAUUUGUACCUGACCCAAAUCCAUAAUAUAACUAUAAAAUUUAAAGACAAGUUCAAAUACCGCUAAUUUGGGCAAAGAAUACAAAAGGCAGCUACUUGACUGAGCAUUAAGAAACAGGAAGUUUUGAAUUCACAAUUAAUCUUGAUGGCUCUUUUGAUGGAAUUAUUGAUAAUGGUGGAACUGAUAAUUCAUUAUACUACAUUCAUGGAUGGAUUUUAUGGGCUGCUUGGGGUAUUUUAGGAUUAGUUUAAAUAGCUUUUAAUAGAUACCUGAAAAUCUUUUGGAAAUGGAAUAAGUAUGUUCAUUAUGUAUGUGGAAUGCUGAUAGUUAUUACAACCUUUGUAAUGGGGUACCUAGCAUUAUAAAAACGUAAAUUUAAGAUUGAGCGCGAGUAUCAUCAUGCAACAGGUUUUGGCUGCUUUGUUGGAGUUGGGCUUCUUCCCAUCGGUGGAUUUGUAGUGGCUAUACUUCUCAAUACCUUGAGAUGGAACACUGGCUUUGUACUUAAGAUGAAAUUAGGUCAUAAGAUAUUCGGUUACACUUUGAUUGCUCUAUCAUAAUUUGCCAUUCUUACUGGAGGAUUAAAAUGGUCCUCAUUUAAUAACGAUAAUAACCCCUACGUCAUCAUUCAUAUUUGCUUAUAUUUCCUCGUACUCAUUGUUUGCGAGGGUAUUUACUAUAAGUUUUAAGAGAGAGAGAAUAACUUCAUUGAACCUAAGGUAACCAUCCUCAGAUCAGAAUUUAAAAAAAGAGUUGCUGGAGGAGAACAGCUAGUCAUUUUAGAUGAUUUGGUACUUGACAUCUCGAAAUUCAAGUUAUCUCAUCCAGGUGGAAAGUUCUUACUUGAUUACAACAUUGGAAGAGAUAUUUCUAAAUUCUUUUAUGGUGGAUACACUCUCGAAAAUGGUGGAGGAUGCAGUCCUCAUUCACAUUCAAACAUGGCAAGAUGUAUAGUAAAUACUCUUGUCAUAGCAAGACUAGAAGAGAAAGCAAAAACAUUCGCUGCAAGGAUUGUAACUUCUACAGAGGUUGGUAGAAAUACAAACACAUUCACCCUUAAAGCUGAAGGACCAGAAGUCCACUUUAAACUUCCAUCUAGUACUGAUGUCACUGCCAUAGGCAGGCACUUUUUAAUCAGAAGUUUCUCUAAUUCAAAGGUAAAGAGACACUAUACUGUCUGCACUUGCAUGAAAAAAGAAAUUUAUGAUGAGCUUUGUAAUGCUCUUAGAUAAUUCUAAGCUGGAGAAAGGAUCCUCUUCAAUAAUGCUGUUCUUUAAGAGAACUGGAAUUCAGAUAAAAGUGAAGUUGUUUGCACAGUAAAGAACUACAAUAAGAGAGGAGGUGUUUCCCAUAGAAUUCAUACCGCUUACAAUGAUCUUUAUUAGAUUAAGGGACUUCUUGGGAAGGGUCUUGGCAUACAUUAAGAAGGUAACCAUGUUGCCUUUGUAGCUGGAACUGGCAUCUUAGUCUUUGUUGAUCUUGUUGCUUUCUUAAUAAGAUAAGAUCUUAACCUUCUUGAUGAUGUUCAAAACAAGAUUCUCGACAGAAAGAAGUUUAAAUUCACUCUCUAUGCUUCAUUCCCCAAUGAAGAACAAGUCCUUUGCCAUGAUUUAAUUCAAGGUUUAUAAGAUAUAGUGAGCAAAAAUGAUGAGAAAAACUUCGAGUUGAUUCUUAGAAUCAGUAGCUAAUCAAAGCAGAGAUGGGAUGAGCAAUUCAUACAGAGAUAAUUAGAGGUGCAAACUCAGACUGAUCUCAGAAAAAUAUGGGUCUGUGGUCCACCAUCUAUGAACGAAUUAUUUGAUAAGACAUUAGAUGCUAAUGCUACAAAGUAUAACCUCAACAGAAAUCAGUGGGAAAUCCUUUGA